CCGCUGCAUAAAGUUUAAAUUCACGUUUAAUCUUAUUAAAUAGUUGAUUGUCAAAUCUAAUGUCAAAUAUUAUAAUUGCGUUCAGAAAUUCAAGGGUUAUCAUUAAUCUGACAGAUUAAAUUAACAACUGAAGUUAGUUAUUUACGCACCACAAAACAAGAAAAAUAAAUAAUAGUUUAAAAAAUGAAAAUACACGCUGUGAAAACUAAGUGAGCUAAAAAAUCUUCUAUAUAGAUAAAAAUGAAUUGCUAUGAAUGCACGGAAUUGCAUACAAUUUAUCUAUUACACAUUAUGUUUUUGAAAAAAGAUGUAUAGCUUGGCCAGGCAACGAACGCAGUAGCAAUUGUACAUAUAUAAGUUUCUCUGUGGUAGCAAAGCUGGCCAGAGAUAAAACUUGGGCGAUCUGUAGUUGUGAAGAUAAAAGGACAAGAUUUUCAUGUAGACAAUCGUUGGAUUGUCCCGUACUCGCCAAUAUUGUCCAAAACUUUUGAAGCUCACAUCAAUGUCGAAUUUUGUAACUCUGUCAAGUCGAUAAAGUACAUAUGUAAAUAUGUCAAUAAAGGUAGCGAUAUGGCCAUCUUCGCUGUAACAGAUAAAAAUGACGAAGUGUCUCAGUACCAGAUGGGUACACUGACAGUACACUCCCCUUUCCCCCAAACCAUCCAAUAAUGGGUCCAAGAGCAUGUUCCAAAAGGUUGGUCCGGCUAUCGAGCCUUGGACGGCUCGAUAGUGAAAGUGUUUAUUAGAUUUGUAGAAGUGUUUAUCAAGUCAAAAUGUUGAGCGGAUCAACAAGACAAACUUUCACUGAACACGAAAAAGUGUGUCUGCAGGAAUUAGUUUUGAAAUAUAAAUUAAAUUCCUAAAUCUAGCACAUAAUAAAUAAUAUUAUUCCUGAUUUUGCGAUUUCUGCGAACAGAGGCACAAAUAAAAAAAAAAUUGGGACAAUUUAAAAACCAGAAGAAAACAAUUUCUAGCACAAGAAAAAAGGGAAUGCAUGAGGACCGGAGGUGGGUUGUAUGCAGCUAGUUAGUUCCUCAGGCUCCCAGGAGGCUAUUCAUGCUGCUCUUUUGGAUGCCACAAAUAUAGAGCUACAAGGCGUGUUGGAUAGUGAUAGUGGACCUAUUCUUGUGGAAGUUGAUAUUGAAAUUAUGGAUAUUCCAAAUCGUCCAUCAGCCGGGUCUCGUCUCUCCGAUUAUGAACCAUCUUCUGUAAUUCAAGCUCCAAAGAACUUUCGGGCUCACGUAAUUAACCAGGAGUUCACCUUGCGGAAGGAUAGAUAUAGUGAUAGUGGACAGGGAGGAGGAGCUAUACAAAUUGAGGAUAGCAGAGCGGGAGUGGCUCGUAAAGACAGCUGAGAAGACGUAUCAUAAAGCUCGCCCUGAAAAGGAAAGUGCGCAGGAGAUGCUGCUAAGCAGCCGAAGUAAGCGAGAGCUAGCAGAGCUGCAUCUUUCUAGGGAAAGAUAUAAAUAAAUUGAUACUUUUUAUUAAAUUUUUUU